CAAAACUACCCAAAAGUCAAAAUAGAUUAUUGCCCCUUAAUCAUAGACGGCGCUAGAAUAUUUUAGACUCAGCUCGUUUCCGAUUUAAUUUUUGUGUUGUUUCCAGACGAAAGACAAAGAUUUCACACCUAAUUAUAGGCACAUCAGAUCAAAAUGCCUAAUAUCAAGUUACAGAGUUCAGAUGGAGAGAUAUUUGAAAUUGAAGUUGAGAUCGCCAGACAGUCUGUUACAAUUAAAACUAUGUUAGAAGAUCUGGGUGUUGAUGAGGAUGAUGAGGAGCCUGUACCCUUGCCUAAUGUAAAUGCUGGUAUCCUAAAAAAAGUUAUUCAGUGGUGCACAUACCACAAAGACGACCCACCACCUCAAGAAGAUGACGAAAACAAAGAAAAACGCACAGAUGAUAUUUGCUCCUGGGAUGCUGAAUUUCUAAAAGUUGAUCAAGGGACAUUAUUUGAAUUAAUAUUGGCAGCUAAUUAUUUAGACAUUAAAGGAUUGCUAGAUGUCACAUGUAAAACAGUUGCAAAUAUGAUCAAAGGGAAAUCACCUGAAGAAAUUAGGAAAACAUUUAAUAUAAAGAAUGAUUUCACUCCUGCUGAAGAGGAACAGGUGAGGAAGGAAAAUGAAUGGUGUGAAGAGAAAUAGAGAAAUCCCCUAAAAAUCACAAAUAAAGAGAGACUGUAGAGAAAUUCCACUGUUUUUUUCACUUAUCAGAGAAGAAUAUCAAAUCUUUUCACUUACCUGAGUGAAAUUUUGAAUUUCUUUUCACUUGAACAUGUUGAGUUUAGUUUGAAAUGGUUCCUUCCUUUGAACCUUUACUUCUAUAGUUUUGCUUUUAUAAUGCUCAACUUUAAAAGUGAAUUUUAAUUUUUUCUUUUGUUUAAAUUUAAAUGUUUGUUUCAACAUGGUUUUCCUAUGUAGUUAUGCAUUUAGAAAGAACUUCAGAAUUUUUUUUAGAUUUGAUUGACAGCAAUACUAAGAAGAAUAGAUCUUGGGAAAAGUAUUUGAAAGUGUUGAUUUAAAAUAUAUUUCUGUAUAAGAUAUUUUCAUGUGAAAAUUAUCUAAGGUACAAAAUGUAGCACCAUUUUAAAAUAUGGUAUAACAUGGGUUUUAAGCUAAAUUUAUAUGUCUUCUUGGAAAUAAAUUUGCAUAUUCAGAAAGAAUUACAAUAUUUGGUUGAUAUUGUUUAUGACAGUGAAAACGUUUUUUCGUCACUAGAAAACCUUACCUAGGGUUAAAUCUGAGAUUUAUUGUACACUUGAAUACAUAAUUAUCUUUUUAAAUGUAUUAAAAUUGACAUCACAGUCUCUGGAUUCAAUGUGUGACCUCCACUUAAACAUACCAAACUUCUUCAAAGGUUGAGGGGAUAUAAUAUCAAUAGAAAGUAGACUUUUGUUGGUAGAGUUCCACAAAGGGAAUUGUCAAGUAUAUUGUUAGAAUAAUAUUGCAUUUGUGAAAUAAAAAGUAAAUUUUGUUUGCAGUAUUUUAAAAAAUUUGAGUAUAAUAUGCAAAAAAAUUGCUACAUUUUGACUAGGUUAAAAAGAAAUAAUGAUUUAUUACAUAUUCAAAUGUAUAGAUAGAUAUUUCUUUUUGAAAAGAUUAGAUCUGUGUUACAUUUUGUAUAACUGAAACACUUUCUACCUCCACCUUUGUCAUGAAGAUUGGUAAAUUUUAUUGGAGAAGCUAAAGGGAGGAUUAAUUUGUUCUGUUGUGAUAUCAUAGUUAAAGGUUUGAUUCAGUAAUUUCAUAUUUUAUUUUACAUGUAUGUGUGUAUUUUAGUUAUACUACCAAACAUUUUGUAAACAAUUCAAACUUUCAUUAAUUUAUAUUAAAAUAUUUAUUAAUGUU